AUGGUGGCCGGCUCUCGCACGUGCAUUCCGCUCCUGGGCGGAAUGCUGAUGGGUGCUUUGCUCGCUAUGUUGUUCUUCUCACCAGAAGAGACCAACAUAGGCGGCGAAACCAUGUGUCCUUCACGAAAUGCACCACAAAAGGAAUUCGUUGACGUGAGCGAGCACUGGACUGUGCAUUUGGAUAACAUGCCGUCGCCGCCUCCAAAUCAGGAUGCAACACCAAAGGUGGUCCGUGCUAGAUUCGCUGCUACCGAACUCGGAAUUCGGGAACGGCUUAUGGUUGGUGUGUUGGCUGAGUCUUCGUUGGCAGUGGCGAUGAACGCCUCUCUCGGCAGACAUGUGCCAAGAAUUCACGUAUUUGCCGACGCUAGUCGUAUCGACACUGAUUUAGCGCAGCUCACAAAUCUUAGUCCAUACAAGCCGAAUGGUCAGAAGUCGCACGUUUUUGUCCUAGGGCUAAUAUUCAACCUGACGUUUCAUGAGAAUUUCGACUGGUUUUUACUUGUUCGCGACUCAACCUACAUCAACCCAUUCGAACUGAACCGCUUUAUCAAUAGCGUGAAUUGGAAUCAACCGGUUCUGAUUGGUUAUCCGGCAGAAGAUGGAAGUGGUCGAUGUAUGUUGGAUGCAGGCGUUAUUCUCAGCAACCCUUCAAUGCAGAAACUUAUCCAACAGCGCCAUGCAUGUAACCUGCUCGCGAGUGGAUCUGACGCUGAUCAGCUUGCUUUUGAGAAGUGUUUACAAUUAGCCACCAACCUUUCCUGUAGCAGCGAAUAUCAGGGUCAAAUGUACAAUGUCUGGCAUGUCGAUGGUACGCAGACGGCUCAUGAUGCUAUCGAUAAAUGGCGCACGCAUGAUGGUUUCAAUAAGUCAAUUGCUGUCACCAAGUUACUGUCAGAUGCUGACGCGUCCGCUCUACAUGAUCAUUUUGUGAGCGUGGAAGUAGCUAAAGUUGACGCUGAGAUUGCUUCGAUGGAGAUGGAGCUUAACGAACUUCAAAAAGACACGGAAGAAGGCCCCACGUGGCCAGCAGCCGUUCCUCCGUACAGUAAACCUCCUAAUCGUUACCAGAUUCUUCCGGAGAAGAAAGCUCCACGGGAAGUAAAAUCAGCAGAUGUACGUGGAGGAAGCGCUGCUCUCGACGAAGCUAUCGAUCGCUACGGUAGUGGCUCGAUAUUUCUACUAUUAUCACCACACGCUGAUGUGCAAAAAGAAUUUCUCGAUCGAGCUCGUAUCAACACUAUAAAACAUUAUCAGGUGUUCUUUCCGAUUCCUUUUGUUGAGUAUCAUCCUACGAUAUCGGGAAUGGAUGUGGACGAGAACGAAGUACCAGCGGAUCAAAAGGAAGCGCGAGAUGCGGCGUUGACUCGGCUUCGUGACUCGUCACCACCAAGACGGAAGCGUCCGCUUAUUGUUCAGAAGGUGCAGUGA